CGAGCCGCCGUAGUCCCUCAGCCCCGCGUAGUGCUACAAUGUAGCCGCUGGAAGGCAUGGAGCGCGCGUCGGGGGCGCGCUUGAGCCCCGGAGCUUCCAAGGAGGACAUCCGACAGAAAAUCUGGGAUUACAUGGAAACCACUAAUUUAGCUGAUUUCCCAAGACCCGUCCAUCACCGGAUUCCCAACUUCAAGGGGUCUUUCCUGAUGAGUCACAGUGUUCAAAAAUGGGAGGUGUUUGAGAAAGCAAGGGAAGUCAAGGUGGACCCGGACAAACCUCUGGAGGGAAUUCGGCUGGCUGUGCUCCAGGCUAGAAAAACACUCCUGGUACCAACCCCACGAUUGCGAACUGGCCUGUUCAACCGGAUUGUCCCUCCCGCUGGGGCAGCCAAAGACACCCUGAGAAAAUGUGCUACUUCGCAGGGCGUCAGGGAUUAUAGCGUGCCUGUAGGGCUGGAUUCAAAUGUGCACAUGGACCUGGUAGUGGUAGGAUCCGUGGCUGUUUCUGAGAAAGGCUGGCGAAUCGGGAAGGGGGAAGGCUUUGCGGACAUGGAAUAUGCCAUGAUGGUCUCCAUGGGAGCUGUGAGCGAGGGCACGGCAGUCAUCACGGCCGUUCACGACUGCCAGGUGGUGGACAUACCGGAAGAGCUACUGGGUGACCACGACCUGACGGUGGAUUAUAUUCUCACCCCAACAAGAGUGAUCCAAACUGGCUGCCAGCGCCCGAAGCCCCAGGGGAUCCUUUGGCACAAGAUCAGUCACCAAACCAUGGAGAAGAUCCCCAUCCUGAAGAGCCUUCGUUGCAGAGAGGAAGAAGCCAGGAAAGAUGUCGCCCUCAAGGAAGAACAGACACAUGUUCCAGCUGUGGCCAAGCCAGCUAGGAGAGCCCGGGAUGCUAGGCCUGGACACCCCAUGUUGCAGAACAAGUCUGACCCCUGCGGAGCAAGCCCUGGGGAGGAGUCUGCAUCCUCUCACUCGGACUGUCUUCAUGAACCUUCCAGUUUGUUCGUGGGGAACAUCCCUCCAGAAACCAGAGCCGGUGAAUUCAAGGCUGCCCUCCGAGAGUGCCACGCCACCCCUGCGCAGCUCACCUGGCAGGGGGCGCAGUGCCGAGCUUUCCUCCGUUACCGGGAUAAAGGCGAGGCCGAAGUUGCCCUGACAGCCUUGCGAGGCCUGAGUCUCCACGGUUGCCUCUUGAGAGUUGAACCCGCCAAGGCCCAGCGCAACAAAAUGGCCAGUGGUCCCUGAAGAGCAAAUCAGAGAGGCGGCCGUGUUCUCAGUGGGCCACUCAUCCAAGCCCCAAGUCAAAGGUUUUUGCGUCCCUUUUAUCAGGGGUGCCCAAUUCUGGGGCUUCAGAUGUUCAUGGACUACAAUUCCCAGCAGGGGCUGAUGUCCAGGAACAUCUGAAGCCCCAGAGUUGGACACCUCUGCUUACAUCUCUGUAGACUUUGUCUUUCGGCAAGGGUGAUACACCGGGCGAUUUCCUUCCCCCGCAGCAAUAAUUUAUUUAGGAGAUUUCUAAACUGCCUCCAACAGUUUUAAAGCUGGCUCGGAAGAUCCUCGAGGGAAGCGAUGGCUAAAAUUGCUAUACCUGGGCAAAGUUGAUGUACUUUCUGCGUAAUUUGCUUCUGUGGUUGAAUGGUGAGAAAAUCCAAAGACGUAUCCAGUUUGUUCUCUGGUCUUUGCAUCCUUUGCUGAUGAUUCUCAAGAACAUUUGAGUAGGAAGGUUUUCUUUGCAAGGAUACACAAGUGCGACAUGGCGGGGACGGGGGUGGGGGUGGGGUUCACAGUGAACUCCCAUACAAAGGCUUCUGUAGAAUAAAGCAAACGUAUUUGAUUUCCCCCCCUUCA